UUUCAACCGCCAAACAACGCGGUCUGUGACGCAAGACGCUCCCAAUUCUGCUGCCUGUCCUUUACACUCAGAGUCCCACGGAAUGUAUAGUGCUGCCCGUCCUUUACAAUCAGAGUCCCAUGGGUACUGGCCGUAACCGAUAAUAAUCUGAUCCACAAGGCUGUAAGCUCGAUUAAAUCAUCAUCAUCAUCGAAUGGGAGUUCCGGCGGUUUAUCGGUGGUUGGGCAAGAAGUAUCCACUAGUAGUGGUCGAUGUAAUUGAAGAAGAAGCAGUAGUUAUCGAUGAACUUAAAAUUCCGGUGGAUACGAGUAAACCUAACCCUAACAAUAUCGAAUACGAUAAUUUGUAUCUCCACAUGGACGGGAUUAUUCACCCCUGCUUUCACCCCGAAGACAGACCUUCACCGACUUCUUACGACGAGGUAUUCCGGUGCAUGUUUGAUUACAUUGAUAGACUUUUUGUGAUGGUCAGACCUAGAAAGCUGUUGUACAUGGCAAUCGAUGGUGUUGCUCCUCGAGCUAAAAUGAACCAACAAAGGUCUAGGCGUUUCAGAGCAGCCAAAGAUAGAGCAGAAGCGGCAGCUGUAGAAGAAAGGCUCAGACAAGAAUUUGAGAUGGAGGGCAGAAAGCUCCCUCCUAAGGAAUUUUCACAAGUUCUUGAUUCCAAUAUUAUUACACCUGGAACAGAAUUUAUGGCGGUUCUGUCAAUUGCAUUGCAGUAUUAUGUUCACCUUAGAUUAAACUAUGAUCCUGGAUGGAAAAAAGUCAAGGUUAUUCUCUCUGAUGCAAAUGUUCCCGGUGAAGGGGAACACAAGGUUAUGUCUUAUAUUCGUCUUCAGAGAAAUCUUCCCGAUUUUGAUCCAAAUGCACGCCAUUGCCUAUAUGGUUUGGAUGCGCAUCUGAUUAUGAUGGCAUUGGCUACCCAUGAAGUUCAUUUUUCAAUUCUUAGAGAGGCUGUUCUCACUCCUGCUCAACAAGACAAAUGCCUUAAAUGUAAUCAGAUUGGUCAUUUAGCGGUAGAUUGUGAAGGAAAGAACAAGAGAAAGGCUGAAGAAUUAGAUGAGAAAGGUGAAGCUAUUGUAGCAAAAAAAUCUUAUCAGUUUCUCAACAUUUGGACUCUAAGAGAGUAUCUGGAAAUGGAAUUCAGAAUCCCAAAUCCUCCACUUAAGAUUGAUCUUGAAUGCAUUGUGGAUGAUUUCAUUUUCAUGUGUUUCUUCUCUGGCAAUGCUUUUUUGCCACCUAUGCCAAAUUUGGAGAUUCGUGAGGGUGCAAUCGACUUGCUUGUGGCAGUAUAUAAGAGGGAAUUUAAGGCAAUGGGUGGAUAUCUGACUGAUGCAAGCAAGCCUAAUUUGAGGAAUGUGGAGUGUUUUAUUCAAGCAGUGGGGUCCUACGAAGAUAAAAUAUUCCAGAAAAGGGCGCGCUUGGACCAGCGGCAGUUAGAUAGAAUCAAAAUAGCACAGUUAAGAUUAGAAAGAGGAGAUGAUGCGGAGCCACAAGUUCAACUGGAGUCUUCGGUUCUAGUUACUCAAUUUAAUGGUUCUCGUCUUGCCUCAGCUCCUACACCAUCACCAUUUCAGCAGAGUAUAGAGACUGCAGACCUAAAUUGUAGAAGUUGCAAUUGUUUGGCAUCCAAAUCCAAUGGUAAAGGAUCUUUUGUUCCGGCCAGUAAAGUUGCUCGUUCAUCUUCAUCAGCUAGUGUUGGUGCUGCCAUUGUUGAAGCAGAGAAUGGUUUGGAAAUAAAUUUCCAUGAAAACAAAGAAGAUUUGAAAGCUAAGCUUAAGGAGAUACUUCGUGAGAAAUCUGAUUCUUUCAAUUCUGAAAAUCCAGAAUGUGACAAGAUUAAAUUGGGAGAGCCGGGGUGGAAGAAAAGGUAUUAUGAAGAGAAGUUUUCUGUAAAAUCUCCUGCUGAACUUGAAGACAUAAAAAAGGAUGUUGUCUUACGAUACACUGAAGGGCUAUGUUGGUUAAUGCGCUAUUACUAUGAAGGAGUUUGUUCUUGGCAGUGGUUUUAUCCCUAUCAUUAUCCACCCUUUGCUUCUGAUCUCAAAGAUCUGGGUAAGAUGAACAUUAAAUUUGAACUGGGCACUCCAUUUAAACCAUUCAGUCAGCUUCUGGGAGUUCUUCCUGGUGCAAGUUCCUAUGCUCUUCCUAUGAAUUAUAGAAUAUUGAUGACUGAUCCAAAUUCACCAAUCAUUGAUUUUUACCCUACUGAUUUUGAAGUGGACAUGAAUGGAAAGUGUUAUGCGUGGCAGGGUAUUGCAAAGUUGCCCUUCAUUGAUGAAAAUCGCCUUCUUGCGGAGGUCAAAAAGGUUGAACAUACGCUAACGGAGGAAGAAUCAAGAAGAAACAGUGCAAUGUUUGAAAUGCUUUUUGUUUUAUCAUCUCACUCUCUUGCUGGGAGUAUAUAUUUACUUGAUAAUCACUGUAAGCAGUUGACAGACGGAGAACGAACCGAAGUAAAGGAACGUAUUAAUCCCGAGCUAAGGGCUAAAUGCAGUGAUGGAAUGAAUGGUUAUAUAUCUCCAUGUUCUGGAGAUACCCACCCUGCCAUAUUCAGGUCUCCAGUUGGUGACAUGGAAGACAAUUCGGACAAUAGAGUCAUAUGUGCUGUAUACAGACUUCCUGACCCACAUAGACACAUUACUAGGCCUCCUACUGGUGUUAUAUUCCUUGACAAGCUCCCAGAAGGAAUCAUGGCUUCAGAAAAACUCACGGCUUUAGAGUUUACAUGGGAGGAACACAUGUAUCUUCAGAAGGAUCAACCUAUUUCUUCCAGUACAGCUGGCGUGGCAGAGGUGUCUUGGAAGACAAAGGAAAAGUCCAAAAAAAUUUGGAUUGAGAAACAAAGAAUUUCCGCGCCGCGAAAUAAAGCUAAAGAAGAUGCAUUUCGGGAAGCUAAUAAGAAGCUAUUUCAGGAGGCAGUAAAAAAACGAGAAAAACUCAGGGAGGAAUAUUAUAGCAAUCCAGCUAAUCCACGUCUGAAACCAUGUGAAGAACCUGAGGAAUGGAUCUCUUCUGAGCGUGAUAUGACGGAAGAAGAGAAUGAAAGAUAUGCCCGACAAGUCAUAGAGAGCGAUGGAUUUGAUGUGGACAAAUUUCCGGGGACGUGCGCAUUUGGAAGGAUUGAACCACUUCCUACUGAAAACGAGGUUGUGAGAAAUGAAUUCAAUGUUUAUGCUGAAAAAGCUAUAGAACACUACAAUGAUAAUAAUGAUACUAAUUAUGAGUUUUUGGAGUUAGAGAAAGUGAAUGUGUUAGCUGUAGGACUUACUACUACCAUCUAUACCACUUUGAGAGCCAAGGAUAAAGAAACCGGUGCAGUUCGUACCUUUCAGGCUUCGGCGUACUCGGAGCUUAUACGAAGACGUCACGGUGUAUUUGAGGUUACAUUGUGUAGGUUGAAGUUGUAAGGUUGAUGAGCAGCUGAUCCUUUAUUAUUCAGGAAACUUUGGAGCUGAUUCUGUCUUGUCUUUCCGCAUUACAACAGUAGAAGAGUUGCCCACCAAUUUACAUGGGUUGGUCUAUUGUCCAGUGCAAGGAUAGUCAAGUAUUUUGAUGGCUAAAAAAGACAAAACUACACAUUUCAUUAUUUGCAAACCCACUUUCAUUAAAAAAAAGAUGGACACUCUUUAUAUAUAAUUAGUUAAUAUGAGUAGAUUUAAUUAUGUAAAUAUAAGUAUUAUUUAAUAUAUAUUUUUAUCUAUUAAAAUUAA